AUGAAUGCUCCAAUAAAACUUGAUGUCCCAAAAGGACAAAAUCUAGUUGCUACUGAGUCUAAUACAUGCCUGAAGCGUGGUAGACCAAUUGGUUCCAAAGAUAAGAAUCCUCGAAAAAAGAAAAGAGCAAAGAUUAAUGAUGGCGAAAUCAAAGAAAAAAUAAUUAUACCGGGAUCUCCUGAAGAGACUAUAGACAUGACUGAAAGAAUAGUUUCAGAAGAAAAUCAGGUACCUGACAAUGAAGAGAUCUCUAUUGAUUAUGUCAUGUCCGGUAUAAAAUGGAACCGAAAUCAAAUCGACGUUGAUGAUAUUUUUGCAUGCAAUAUAGCACUAGAUGUUAUAAAUAAUAAAGAGGAUUAUGAACCAAAAUCGAUUGAGGAAUGUGUGAAACCAGUGGGAUACAAAUGGGUUUUUGUGCAUAAAAGAAAUGAAAAGAGUGAAAUUGUAAGGUAUAAAGAACGUUUAGUUGCACAAGGAUUCUCACAAAGACCUGGAAUUGAUUAUGAGGAGACAUAUUCUCCUGUGGUGGAUGCAACUACAUUUAUAUUUUUGAUAAGCCUGGCUAUAAGAGAAGGGCUUGAUUUACGCCUAUGGAUGUGGUAA